CAUCAACAAGCAACGACUCAAGGAGACCCCCUAAAAUUAUAUUCAAUUUUUUUUUUUUUCCAUUCAAUCUUGUUUUGGAGACCUUACUACCCCAUAAAUGUUUUGAGUAAUUGCGUUAUCGUUUCUUUGAUUCUUUCCUUACACUUUAUGGAGAAUUCUCUUUGUUCCCCAUUGUAGCUGAGAUUCUGUACCAAAGAUGGUUUUUUUUUAGCACACUUUUGAUCUCUGACCAUACAUGUGAUUGCUGUUUCUGCUUUUCCAUUCCCAGUUCCCUUUCCAUGACAACUUCGUACUGUUUCCAGAACCGGGUUUUAGAGGGAAAUUCCGUUUGAACAUCGCAGAGGAAUUUAUUCUAGAUCCUAAGACUCUGACCAAGUCUGAAGGGUUCAACAUUGGAAGUCCUGUUUUUCAUUUUUUUUUUUUCCCCUCUUAGUUUAGAGAUCUGGAGGUUCUGGGUACCUGCGGAACUGGGUUUUCUCGAAGGGGAAGGGGUUGCCGUGUAUUGUUCUUCUUCGUGGGGUUGGAAUUUGGAACCUGGAACUUGGAAAGUUAAUGGUGGUGGUGUGGCGAGGGAAUUCGCUUCCCUUAUGAGGGACCGAGUUUAUUCUUUUCAUGGUUAAGUGUCGGAUGUCAGGGUUCCUGCAUUGGGCUAUGUUCCUAUGAUCCAAAUGUAAUGGCUUUUAGAGAUUACAAAAAUGCUUAAUGUGAAGUUACAAGUGAGGUUCCUAGCUGUCCCUGUGGUUCACCUUUUUCACUUUCAGUUCUUUGUUGGGUACUGGAUUAGUUUCCUUUUAUCUGUUAUUGCAAAUUAUGGUAUAGGAUGCUUUUAGAGAGUUAAUUUGGUUGUUGGGCUUUUGAUUUUGUUUCACGGGAUGAUAGGUUUGUCACAGGAAACCUGUUGGGUGAAGUUCAUGUUUCUCAACUGUCACCGUGACUGUAGGUUCCCUUUUGUUGAUUAGCUUGGAUCUUUACCAUUCCAAAAUCUUAAACGAGCCUCGUUAAAUUUUCACUACUGCGCGCUUUGUGUUUGUUGAAAUGGGUCAUUCUGCGGCAGUCUGGGGCCAGAGAGCUGCGGUUGAAGUUACUAAGGAUUGGAAUGGUAUCGAUCAGGUUGUCCUCCAUUCUCCACGAGGAGCUUCUGCUCGGUUUGCAUGGAGGACAGGUUGUUUCAUGGAGGAAUGAUCGUGGGGAGGAGCUACUGUUCACUAGUAGUAAGGCCAUGUUUAAGCCACCAAAAGCCUUGCGAGGAGGGAUCCCUAUUUGUUUCCCACAGUUUGGAAACUGUGGAUCAUUGGAGCAGCAUGGGUUUGCGAGAAACAAGAUGUGGGCUAUUGAUAAUAGUCCUCCACCUCUGCACCCCAGUGAUUCCAAGGGCAAAUCUUUAAUUGACUUGCUACUCAAACCAUCUGAAGAAGAUCUGAAAUGCUGGCCACAUAGCUUUGAGUUUCGCCUUAGGGUGUCUCUGACAGCGGAUGGAGAUCUCAACAUGAUAUCACGAGUUAGGAACAUCAAUGGAAAGACAUUCAGUUUCUCAUUUGCUUAUCACACAUACUUAUCCGUUUCUGACAUCAGUGAAGUGAGGAUAGAAGGGUUGGAAACACUGGACUAUCUGGACAACCUUAGCCAAAGAGAACGCUUUACAGAACAAGGCGAUGCAAUCACCUUUGAAUCUGAGGUGGAUCGGGUUUAUCUCAGUUCUCCUAAUGUAAUAGCAGUCCUCGACCAUGAAAAGAAGCGGACAGUUGUUAUAAGGAAGGAAGGACUUCCAGAUGUUGUGGUUUGGAAUCCAUGGGAGAAGAAGUCCAAAGCCAUGGUAGAUCUUGGUGAUGAGGAGUACAAACAAAUGCUUUGUGUUGAUGGUGCAGCAAUUGAGAAACCAAUCACCUUGAAGCCUGGCGAGGAAUGGACAGGACGUUUAGAGCUCUCCGUUGUCUCCUCAAGUUAUUGCAGUGAGUACCUUGAUUUUCCUCAAAGGAGUCUGUGAAGAUUGAAUGGGCUUAAUACUAAUGACCAUGGCUGUUUAUAUUUGCUGUGAUAAACCAUAUCACUUGAAAGCCAUAUCUGUAACACAGACCUGAAUGAAAACAUGAUCAAACAGUUUUCAUAACCAUGGGGGUGCAAAAUCCUGAAAUAAAAUGAGAAAUGUUUUCUUAAUCAAUUUGUAGUUUUUACUCCCGAAUGCCAGAAAGUGCUCAGGUUUCUAUUUUAAUUACAAACUCUUGUUGUGAUC